AUGGCACAAUUUAUUCCUUAUUCAGUUGCAAUGGUCACUCCAUUCACCCAAGAGGGCUGUCUUGAUGUGGCUUCUGUACCAGCUGUGGUGAAAUACUAUCUGGAUCAAAAUAUCCCUGGUUUACUUGUCAGCGGGUCGACAGGCGAACAACACUGCAUGACCAUUGCAGAGCGCAAGCAGUUGUAUAACUUGGUUGCAAAGGCUGCUGCUGGAAGAUGUCAACUUUACGCAGGCGUUGCUGCAUUCAAGACUCAAGAUGCAAAGGAACUAGCACAAGCAGCAAAAGAAGCCGGUUUUUCGGGCAUAAUGCUCGGGUUCCCUCCGUAUCGCCGCCCGUCACAAGCAGAAGCUGAGACAUACGUAAAGCAAGUCGCAGAAAGCGCAAAAGAAUUGCCCAUCUUCCUUUAUAACAAUCCUCCCAGAACUGGGUUCGACUUGGAACCAGAGACGUUUGUUCGUAUUGCGAAAACAGUUGAUAAUGUCUGCGGACUAAAGGAAGCCGGAAAUCCUGAAAAUGUAAACAAAAUCAAGCCUGCUUUGGGGGACACUGUAGACACAUAUAGCUUCUUUACCGGGAGCGAUUCAAACUUUAUUGACCAAUUCGUAACGAAAGGAUACACUGGAAUAACAUCGAUUGCCGGAAAUGUUUAUCCGGAUCAAUGCAAGAGUAUUGUUGAUCAUUUACUGAAAAAUCAAAUCGAGCAAGCCAAAAAAAUCUGGGAAAACAUUGCCCCUGGAAUUCAACUUUUGCAAAUAGCGGGAAUGGUUCCAAGCAUCAAGUACAUCUUACGUAAGAAAAGCGUUCCCGUCGGUUACUGCCCUCCUCCACUUUUAGACGUUAGCGACGAAGUAAAGCAAGCAUUAGACAAGAUCUUUUUCGCAUAA